AGUCGGUAUUUGAAACCCCAUGCAGCUUUGCUUAGAAAGAGCUGUGCUGAAAAUACUACAGAAUAGGUCUUCUGUCUUCAAUAAUGAUAUACAGCCUGUGCAGGUGGGGAUACAUUUUGAGCAACCAUUGGCAUAAUUAGUCUAAAUGUGUGACGUGGGCUGUUAUCGUGUUGUGCUCGAGGUCUGCACCUGUUCACUAGGACACUGAAGCCCCCGUGAAGGCUGGUUUAGCAGUUACUAGGAGUUAUGCCAUCUAGACCCGUGAACGGAUUUUGUUCAGACCAGUGAUAUUCGGUGAAGAAGGCAAGAAGCUGUAGCCAAGUCAUAGUGUGCAGUUCCAACUGCGAUGUUCGGCCAGUCACCUCACGUUCUUGGAGGCAUCUUGUGGAUUCAGAAUCCAAUGAGAGCUGUCCACUGCAACCUGAGCCAGAAUGGGAUCGACCACCAGAUGAUGUGCCCGGACGACGUGACCUCGCACCUGGAGGAGCAGCCCCUAGACCAAGGCGCCGUGCUGGACGACGACAGCCCCACCUAUCAGGACGUGAGCCCCGGGUACCAGCGCCACUCCCUGCCCCAGCGCUCCGUCUCCGAGUCAGAACUCUCCCGGCCGGGGAAUGUAAAGCUGUCCAAGCCAGUGGUCCUGUGGACCCAGCAGGACGUGUGCAAGUGGCUGAAGAAGCACUGCCCCAAGCAGCACCAGAUCUACAGUGACUCCUUCAAGCAGCAUGACAUCACAGGGCGGGCUCUGAUGAGAUUGACAGACAGGAAGCUGGAGCGAAUGGGCAUCAUGCAGGAGGGCCAACGGCAGUACAUCCUCCAGCAGGUCCUGCAGCUCCGCGUCAGAGAAGAGGUCCGCACCCUGCAGCUACUCACGCAAGCCUCUCUGGAGGGAUCUCCGUAGCCCAGGCGUUCUUGGAAACCAGCUGCCAACAGGAACCGGUCUCCCUCCGAUCCUGGGCUUCCUACAUCUGACCCUUGACCACCUCCCACCACCAAUCAAAGCCGUCCUAACCCCAAUCUCAUACCUAACUCCAAUCUUAAUCCUAACCUUGAUUUUAACCCCAUGCUUAACUUCAAACCUUCAAACAAGUCAAGUCAUUGGCCUGUCCAGUGACUUAUCACAGACAGACAAUCAUUUUCUUGCUUUUAACCAAGAGUUUCCACUACAUUUGUCCCUAUCCCAUCCCAACUCUCUUACCCCUUCUGAAUUACCACCAGGGCUCUAUUCUGAGAACAAGCAUCAAAAAUGGAUCCAUCCUCAACUGACAAUCCCACUACAAGGACUGUGGAGAACAAUGAGAAAACAAACACGUCAAAGAUGGCGUCCACUUCCAACAACCUUCUCACUGUAUAGUAAAUCCUCCAGUGUAGAACAGACCUUAAGUGUGAAUAGUACCCCCACGAUACACCACCGAGCAGGUGUGUAUAACAUUCUAGUGACUUCUAAUGGUGACUUUAGAGACAUUGGGUACACCAGCCUUCCUCUCUCUCGGUCCUCACUGACUAUAUCGCCAGAGCAGUGAGAGGGCGCUGCAUUUUGCAUUCCCUUCCCCUCUCUGUCCCUCUUUUUCUGACUGUUGUCUGCAUUGAUUCUGUGCCCUGUCAGAGUUUGGGCUUGCCUGGUGAAAAUGACAUCUGUUGUCCCGUCUGUCUUUUCCUCGCAGCUUUCCCCUUCUUCACUUGGUGGGUCGCUUUCUCAGCGCGGUCAGCAAGCCUUCACUGUGAAUAUGUCCAGGUGUGGCAUGAAGCGGUAGAACCUGGCAAACCAAAAGGUACUAAAUGUGAUGGUGAAAAGACCUGGCAAACCAUUAAGGAGGAAAUGUGAUAGUGAAAAGACCUGGCAAAUCAUUAAGGAUGGAAUGUGAUAGUGAAAAGACCUGGCAACAUAAAUGGAACACGGUAUGGUAUUGCGAGGACCUGGCUAAAGUGCUUUUGAGCCAGGGAAAAUGAAAUGACGGAUAACCUACAUGGGACAAUUGGUUGGUUGAGGAUAUGGUUGAGGGAGAGAACGAGGCAAGUGCUUCUCUCCUGAUGAUGAAGAAAAAUAUUCUCUCUCAUAUCUCACUGCUUGAGACUAUUUUUAGAUAUGAGGUAUAUUGAAAAUAGUGUAGAAAGGAAAAUGUACCGUGGGCAAAAAAAAAAAAAAUCAUCCAAAUGUCUGUCAAGUCUCAGAGAGAGACGUGGUAUGUAAUCUCUGUUACUGUUUUUAUGAGAAACUAACUCUUUGCUGUGACUGUUCAUGUGAAAUGGCCAUUCACUGGUGAUAUAAAGAAAGGCAUUUCACCGGUCAUGCCAACAAACCUGUUGCUUGGGCCAUCGUGACCUAUAUAUGUGUGUUUUUCACACCUUGUAGCCAGUAACGAACUUUAACUAAAGCCAGUGUGCCGGAGUGAUUCCUAUUACCCAUGUAUCACUACCAGUGUAGCAUGACCUAUUGUUACCAUCACAACAACCUCCUCCCUGUGAAUAUGAAUAAAUGGGGAUCGAAAAAAUUGAAAUGGCCACCAAGAAACCAAAGGGGGAGAAUUCCAGCCCCGGAGAGCCUUUGAUUUAGCGGAAUUUAAUUGCAACAUUGGGUCUUGUGUGUUACGAGCGUCCAUUGUUUGGUUUGGAGCUUGCCUUAUGCUCUCUAGUGGUUGGUUGGCCCAGUAGUAGCAGAUUUAGUAUUGAUUAAACCUUCAGGACUGCGUUGCCCUCCAGGCCUGGAAUAGCCCAAUCCCUGACAUUGGAGAGGUAAGGAAUGCUGAUACUUGGUCACAUGGGAUGAAGUUGUCCAUAUAAAAAUACAAGUGGCUAUUUCAUGCUUCGGUGGAGCUCUGGUGUCAGUGUCUCUUGGACUGUGUGGGCUGCCUGCCCUGCCUGGCUGCUUCCAGUCUGGAAGGCUGGCGCUCUGAUUUCACAUCAUCUGGAUGUCAAUAGCCAAACUGUGAGGAGCGGUCUACAGAGUUAACACAAGGCAGUGUUUUGUUGAGAACAGUAUUGUAUUCAGUGUUUGGAUAAGGGAAAAACCCUCCUGCAACUGUAACAUGUCAGGAUGGAGCAGCCCCACCAUAACUUGGCUGGUGGGGUGUUUUGGGGAAGGGAAGUAUGAUUACUUUGUGUGCCGUAGCCAACCAUGUGACUUUCAAGGCAUUUCGAACCUGGGUCAUGUUCAUUAGGGAAUACCAUAACAAAACGUUUUGCAACAGAAAACAAAAACGAUCGUUUCUUAUUGGACAAGUCCAGGUAGUCCCUCCCUGUUUGUCUGUUUUCUCCUGUUUGGUUCCCAAUGAACACGACCCUGCCAGCUCUGCCAAGGUGCCCGAGGACUUGCCUGAACUGGCUCUUUCCACAAUCUCCUGAUUUCUUUUUUAGGCAUUUGGAAUUUUUUCAUUGGCACUUUACUAGUACACUGUUACACAAAAUAAACCUUAUACUGAGCCUCACUUUCUUAUUGCACAAGAAAAACAUGCAUGCAAAUAGAAGCAGAAUUGUGUCACUACACAUAGACAUUACAUUCACAGGUGUAUAUGUAUCCAUCACGUUCUCAUUAUUCAUGAGUCAUUCAGUAUCGUGGUAGCAUCCACAUUAGUGUAGAAGUGUUCUUAUUUACAUUUUUAUUCAACUAGGCAAGUCCGUUAAGAACAAUGACGGCCUACACCGGCCAAACCCGGGCGCCGCUGGGCCAAUUGUGCGCCG